AAUGACUCAAAGUCCCUGCAAUUUACACGAAGCCCCUCUCAGUUCUCCGUCCUCCAAACUUCGCCCACACUCCGAUCAUUCCCCUCUCUUUUGCCCCCAAAUCUCCCGCGACACGGCGAAACCCUAGCCAGCGAUUCGCUCCGGCGAGGCGAGGGAUCUCUUGCUGCCACCGAUGGAGGUGAAGCUUUGGAACGACAAGCGCGAGCGCGAGCUCCUGGAGAGCCUCGCCGACCUGUACGCGAUCAUCAAGGCCACGGAGAAGCUGGAGCGUGCCUACGUCCGCGACCUCGUCUCCGCCGCCGACUACGAGGCCGAGUGCCUCAAGCUCAUCUCCCAGUUCAACUCCCUCUCCUCCUCCCUCGCCGGGGUCGUCACCAUCCCCCGCUUCGUCCAGGCCUACCGCCUCGACUGCCCCGCGGCCCUCAACCGGCUCGUCCAGUCCGGCGUCCCGGCCACCGUCGAGCUCCGCGCCAGUACCAACUCAUCCGCGCCGGCCGCCACCGCGGCCUCCGCCGCAGCCAUCGCCCAGUGCGUCCAGAGCUUCAUCACCGCCAUGGACGCCGUCAAGCUUAAUAUGCUCGCAAACGACCAGGUCCGCCCGUUGCUGCACGACCUCUCGACCUCCAUGGGGAAGCUCGGUACUGUCCUGCCGCCGGACUUUGAGGGGAAGGUCAAGGUGAAUGAGUGGCUCGCGAAGCUACAUAAGAUGGGGGCUGGGGACGAGCUCACGGAGCAGCAGGCAAGGCAACUCAACUUUGAUCUGGAUUCUGCUUACAGUGCCUUCAUGGCCUCCCUUCCCACUGCUGGCCUGUGAGCCAGGAUCAGCUUGGUUCUGAGUUGGUCCUUUGUUUCUACGCUGUGAUGCUAUAGAUGUGUAAUUUGGAUUGUGUUAUAUUCUUUGUCAAUUUUAUGAGAAUCUCCUAAUGAUUCUGUUGCAUGUUGUGUAUAUAUAUAUAUAAUGCAGUGUUCCUCUGUGAUGUCUAUCAAUGGUAGAAUACUUGCAUAUAUCAUGGCUAUUGGAUUUGUUUCUUCUCUGUUGAUAAUGUGGAGUAAUAAGUGGAAAUUUAAAUUGUUGUCCUGGUGGAUCUUCUGAUCUUUCAGUUUGCAAGAAUUAUCCUGUUUGAAUUUAGUGCAUGUGUAACAGAUUGCGUUGAUGUUUAAACUUUUUGAACUAGUUUAUCCCAGACUAGUUCCCUAAAAAAAGCUUAUCCUCGACUGGCGCAUAAUAGAGGUUCAGACACAAAAAUCCCCAGUAAUGAUGUUUACUGUAAGAUAUUAGUAUACCACCCUGGCAAAUGCUCCCUUUACUAAUUAUGCCAAGAGAUAAUACCAUUUAUAUGCUUUGAGGCUGUUAACCUAUUUUGAGCUAGGAUAUAACCAGACUACUUAAUAUGUUUGAUAUGAAUUACAGAGUUGUAUGUGAAGUAGGCAAUGUGCUUAUCAACUCGUUUGGAUCAUCAAGAGAAAUAACCUAGAUGCCAUUGUUAUGCUCUUUUCGUGCUGGUUAAUACUUAUGAUUGGUGUAUUUGAAGAUUGGAGCAAGAUAAUGUUUGGAGCUUUAGUUUGGUAUGUGUUGGCUUAUCAGUUUCAUUUUACCCAUUUUAUAUGUACUACCUCCGUUCCUAAAUUCUUGUCGAAAUAUUAUAUGUAUGUAGACGCUUUUUAAGAAUAGAUACAUCCAGAUUUUGGCAAAUUUGAGACAAGAAUUUAGGAACGGAGGGAGUAUUAGUUAUUACUUGAAAGCAUCAUUUAAGUAUCACUUUUGGAACUGCAGCAACAAAUUCUUCGAUAUUUUGUUUGCACGGGUGAAGAAUACUUGUAAACUUUCAUUACAGAUGGCUACCUGCCUGCGUUUCUGGUUUUCAUGCUCCCCGAGAUUGCAUUCAUCUUGACUAUGUGAUAUUUGAAUCCAAUUUGAUUAAACCCAGAAUUAUCCAUGUGCAGUUCCAUAUUGGCACAUUUUAGUUUGUAUCCAUCACCUUUUGGAAAAUAAACAUGGCAAGGUUUGGCUUGGUUCUGAGUUGUUCAUUUGCUUGUACUUUGUGUAAUUUAGAUUGUAUUAUAUUGUCUUGCCUUCGAAUCACCGCUGCAGUGCCAUAUAUGUGUAAUUUAGAUUGUAUUAUAUUGUUUGUCAAUAAUAAUAGUUGCAUUCUUAUGGAAAGUUGACCCUUAUCAAUGGAUGCUGUAGUAUUGGCUAUAUACAUUGUAAUGUACCUCUGAUGUUUAUUCACAGUAGAAUGCUUGCAUAUGCCUGUUCAUUUGGAUGCUUCUUCUCUCUCAUUAGAUCUUUUGAUCUUUCACUGUGCAAGAAUUAUCCAAUUGGACUAUAGAGCAGGUGGUAUGGUGCUAUCAAUUCUUCGGCUUGUUACAAUCCAAAAGCAAGGAAAUAAAUGACAGAAGAUACAGCUGCAAUGCAGUCCUUCAGAACAAUGUGAGCAAGGGUGCGAGGCUGCUAGCACACUCUGCAACUGUAAACAAGCUCAAGAAGAGAGGAGCGUGGCCGGCAGAGGAGGUUGGGCCGGGGAAGGAGUGGCAGCGGAGCAAGAAUAGCGGCAGUGGCGCGAACCCUAGCCACGAGAGGGAGUCAGGCGUGUGAGCGAGCAGCGAGCAUGAGCUCAAUCGAUUUUUUUUAAGCUUGCUCGGUUCAGCUCAUUUCCUCUGCUAUUCAUGCUCUUCAAGAUUAACACAAUACAAUAAAUGCCUUCACUUUAGUAUUUUACCUUGCAAUAUGUGGAUCCAAUUUGAUGGAGAUCAUAUGACUCCAAUUUGAUGGAGAUCAGACUCCAAUUUGAUGGAAAUCAUAUUACCCGUUUGCAAUUAAA